UUCAGCGAGAGUGCCGUUGCGAGAGCACCGCCUGUGGCCAGGCAGUACGAAGUUAGCAGCUGCUCCUGGCUGAUUGGAGACUUCCCCGAUCGGUUGGUGUAAUUGACGACCGCGUUGAAGGACUGAUUGAACCACUGCCAGAAGAUAACCGCCGGAGUGGAUUUGUAGAACGUCAUCAUACAGCCGGUGAUGCUCAUAUUCAUGGGCACCUGGGCGGACAUACGGCCGACCAGGAGCAUUUUCUCGCCCGUAUCCGGAUGGAAAGCACUGUCGUACAGGUAUUUGGCUGCCCACAGCUCGUCCACCGAGGAAAUAUCGGGCACUGGUUUGCCGGCGCUGAUGGAUGAAUACUGCUUUAGUUGUAUGUGAUCUCGAAAUUCAAACUAGUGUUACGAGAGACGCGGUGGUGUUUGUCUCGAUGAGAAUCAUGCUAGUUGUGAAUGGCAAUUACGUUUUGGAUGUUUGCCAGUAUAGUAUACUACGUUGGCAAUCAUCCAUUUCUCUUGUUUACUUGCUCAUUCACCAACUAUGUUGUAGGACACUCCGAUACAAUCUCGAUUCUCAGUGACCGUUCGUAAACUGAUUAGUAAUCAACGCACAUGAAGCAACUUGUAUAAUUGGUUUUACUCAAAAAUCAAAGAAAACGCGAUCAUUCUCCAGGGACUAUAUACCUCAGCAUUUUCGUUAUUUGUCUAUUUAUAGAAGGUAAAUUGUGUGAGAUAUUUUUCGGUCACACCGUGAAUAUAUCACUCAACAACAAACAUCGCAACCGAAGGCAUUACGUCGCAUUCAAACAAUUGUAGUACCAGAAAAUCUUCAACUUACAAAACAAGAAAAGGCUCUGAUCGCCACUCACCGGUAAUCUUUAACGAUCCGUGCGGCACGAUCCAGCUGCUCCUCGGUGACGAAAACAUUGAGCGGAUUGGUAACGAUUAGGAAGUGUUUCGCCCGAUUGAGGUACGUACUCUGGUCAUACCGUGGUUCGUCCAAAUUGACGCGAGGUAGAGACGACAUUAUUCUCGAGCGCAAACGGGAGUACCGUAGCUAAUUUACAAUUAUAAUAAUGGUCGUAUUUGUACACUUGGUUCAACGUUCCUGAUCACGAACACAAUUGUUGCGCUUAGAGAGGUUGCAUAUAAGUAUAUGCUAUACUGUAGGAAUAUUAUUAUGUAAUCCAAAGGUCCGAAAGGUCCUGGCCGGUUGAGUUAUUAGAUGUUUCUCGGACAGAAGUGAUAACGUUACUACAAUCUCCGUGCUACGGAUGAGAUUUUUUCUCCAGCUCUGUCCUCUGAAUAGUGCUACUGAUAAUUGAUAUCUCCGAUAACUCUCAAUUAUGGCAAGUUGACGACACUGAAUAUUGCGGAAGAUUAUCGAUAAUAGAGUUAUUGAGUAUUUCACAGAUCUCGGUCGUACUCGGUGAUAAGGUUCCUAGACUUGUUCCAAAUUGACUGCUGAUAUGAGGAGAUUUCAAUUGGUUUCCGUCUGUCGCACUACACUGAACUGUCGUCGACGGUUUCUUGCGCUGAUUAUUUGACUGGUCAAAAAUCGAUUUUUUUGCACAACAGGAAUUGAAAUGGUGAAGAAGUAUCGUGUGUACGGAACGUCAUACUUAUAAAUACAACUUUGAGCAAGCUCUAUCAGAGGUUGAUCGUCUUCCCCUUGCUGGGAACAAAUAACACGCAGUUCAAAAGCUGGCGUUUUGGAUUGUGUGAGUGUGAUUUCACUCAACGCGUUCAUGCUGAUAACUCGUGUCAGCUGAAUAUGGCCGGAGAAUUCAUUCCAUCCCUUGAUUUAUUCAUUCAUUACUCUUUCACUUUGCGUCUGUGGAUUUCGCGAGCGGCCAGCAGUGACGACAUCGGACGAGCCCAUUUGAAAUCGGUGAUGUCAUAAAAGCAUAUACAGAGAUUCGUCUCUAAUUGGACAUUUUUGUAAACAUUUUUGUGCCAGUUUCUACAACACGAAAAAUUUUUUAGGAGUGUCUUCAACCUAGAUUAUGUAUUUUGCAUACUUUUCUAAUGGUUAUUUGUUCGAUUUUAAUGACUUUGCUGUUUUAACUUGUUAUUCACAUUGCAAAAUUGAGUGUACACAUGCUACUUGACAAUAUUUUCCAUUUAUUUGAUACAAACUUUUUCUGAUACGUGUAUUCUUUUGAUGCAUUAUUCUUAUUUUUUUUAUUAAUGUUUGAAAUAGUUUUUAUCAAAAUGGCGAGUAGGAUUAAAGAAAUAAAUAGGGGAAGACGGGGUAAGAUCGCCCGGAGGAGUGAGAACCACUUCUAGUUUUAUAAGCAAUCCUCAGUAUUUUGGCAAAUAUGCUACGCAAGAAGAAUAAUACAGUCACUCGUUGCACUAAGCUUUUAGCCCAAUUUGUGAAAGACUUUCACUCGUUGGGCUGAACUGUCAAAGUCGAAAAUCGAUCGAGGGUCACACCGAUUGUUUGUUGUUAUGGGAAACGCAAAAAAGUUUUCACACCACUGACGUUUAUUUCAUUCGUGGUUGAGUUUCGUUCUAGGUUGGAUUAAUUGGCUCAAAAUGGAUGGUUUGCAAGGAUCCAGUACGAACGUUAACCGGAAACGGAGGAGCAAUUUCCUGACGCUGGUGGAGAAGGUUCGCAUAAUUGAAGAUUUUGAAGCAGGAUGUGGUACGCAUGACUUUCUUGGGAAGAAGUACGGCGUAGGAUCUUCUACGGUCACGAGAAUAAUCCAAAAGAAAGAAGCAAUUCGUGAGGCGGUGGACAAGUUCAAGGAAUAUGGUGUAAAUAAUCGAAAAACAUUGAAAGAGCAGACGUUCCCUUUGCUGGAAGAAGCUCUUUACAUCUGGAUUUUACAGCAGCGGCAGUCCAACAUUUUGUUGACAGUGGAUAUUCUUAAAGCAAAGGCGGAGCUGCUGUUUAAGAUGUUCCAGGACCGGGGGCUCUAUGCGGUGCACGGUUUUACUGCUUCGGAUGGCUGGAUGCAUCGUUUUAAGCAGCGGUUUGGAUUGCGCGUGAAAGCCGUAACAGGAGAAAAGGCAUCGGUAAACGUUGAAGCGUACCUAAAUUUCAAGAAGGUUCUACAGAAGAAGAUUCAGGAAAUGCAGCUAUCACUAUCCCAAGUCUUUAAUGCAGAUGAAUCUGCCUUGUUCAUCAAGCUCCUAGCCACACGCUCUGUCGUUACCUGUGAUGAGACCGUGGCAAGCGGACGGAAGCAAAACAAGACAAGGUAUACGUUUAUGCCUUGCUCCAACAUAGAUGGUUCCCUAAAGCUUCCGUUGUAUUUCAUUUGCACUGCUGCAAAACCACGAGCUCCCGUUUCAUAUAAUCAUUCCAAAAAGGCUUGGAUGACCAGACUGUUGUUCCGUCAAUGGUUCCACGAAGAGUUUGUCCCCGCUGUUCGAAAAUUUUCGGCCGAGAGAGGAUUGGAGCCAAAGGCAUUGCUGGUUCUUGCUAAUUGCACCAGUCAUUAUGACGUUGACGAAUCUCUACAGAGUGACGAUGGACUGAUUCAAGUGAUCUACCUCCCACCAAAUGUAACUGCUGAAUGCCAGCCGAUGGACCAAUCGGUCAUCAAUGCAAUCAAGCGAAAGUAUAAAAGAAAACUGAUGCUCGCAUUAAUUCUGGAAAACGAACACUUAAGUUUCGAAGAACGAUUGAAGAAGAUUAAUCUUCAACAGUGUAUUUCGUGGUUGGCAACCUCUUGGGAGGAGAUAUCUGACAAAACUAUACGUAAUUCGUGAAAGAAAUUGAUCGAUGGUUUGCCGGAGGAUGCUGUUAAUGUAGACUCGAAAGCGGCCGAUGAUGACUUCAAAGCGCUUGUGUCCAGGAUUGACAGUUUGGCAGGAACAAAAACAUCUGAGCAAGAUAUUGAUCUGUGGAUCAAAGAUCAGGUGUAUGAUGGUGAUCAUAAUCCAGAUUGGGUAACCAGUGAAGUGUUCUCUGAUGACGAGAUUUUGUCAUCAGUUCUCAAGAAAGAUCAACCUGAAAUGCAAGAAGAAUGGUUGGUAGACACAGAAGAUGGAAGUAAUUCGUUUGAUACUUCCAUUACUAGUACCGGAGAUCCUGAUUUUGGCGAUGCAAUCAAGUCAAUUGAUUGCCUAGUUCGCUAUAUGAAGCAUGAUGUUGCAGAAGUAUGCCGUUUGAACGCGCUACGUUCGAAAAUCACCGAAGUUGAAUGGCUAAAACGAGCAUGUUGAAGAACUCUACCAUUUUGUUGAAAAUGAAUUUACGUGGUUUGUUUAAUUUUGUUUGAAACGUUUAAAAUAAAUAUUGUUUUUGUUGAAUAAUAUUCGAUUUUAUUUAUUUCAAUGAUUCAUUUAAAAUUUAUUUUAAACCUAAAAACACCAUCCACGAGCCCCUCGAAAAAAAUUUUACGUUGUCAGAAUUGACGUUUGUCUUCGAUUUAGUUGGGCUAUAGCCCAACGAACGGGAGCCCAACUAAAUCGAAGCCCAACUAAAGAUAGCCCAACGAGUGAAAUUCAACUGUAGUAUAUUUUUGUCAUU